AUGUCGCCCCCCGACCAGAGAAGCGAAGAUCAGUGGAGAGCUGUUUUGAACCCAGAACAAUUCCGCAUUCUCCGCGAAAAGGGUACUGAGCGCCCUGGAACUGGUGAAUACGAUUCCCACUACCCGUCGAAGGGCGUCUACAAUUGCGCUGGUUGCGAUGCGCCGCUUUAUACUGCCGACCACAAGUUCAAAUCUGGCUGUGGCUGGCCAGCAUACUUUGAUUCCAUCCCUGGUGCUGUGACUAGACAUGUUGAUAGCACGUUUGGCAUGAAGCGGACAGAGAUUGUAUGCACCAACUGCGGGGGUCACCUCGGCCAUGUAUUCGAGGGUGAGGGGUAUCAGACUCCCACGGAUGAGCGUCAUUGUGUGAAUAGUGUCAGUCUGCGUUUUACAGAAGAUACCAGCGCUGUUAAGGAUCCUCAGUCCAAAGCUUGA